AAAAUAAGGAGCAUUUUUCUUCUCGUUAACCUAUUCUGGUUAACGAAUGGUGGAUUCAUUUUAGAGGAACAACACGAGCCGUUGAUAAGAAUGGGCACAUACGUGUUGAAGACAGAGCAAAUGAGAUACGAACAGGCCUAUAGCCUAGGAAAUUGAGGUAAAUAUAUAUAGAAAAAAAAAAUAAGAAUUUAAAUCCUGUUUGUAGUAGUCAACAAAUACUUUUGACACUACGUAAAAUGUAUGCCAAGAAACAUUUAAACAAACGAAGAGGACUAAAACAUAGGGUAACGCCUCAAAUUACAAAUAUGGAAAGACCGAAAAGACACGAAAAUUAUGAGAUACCACAAAGAUUAAAAAUUUUGUUGGAAAGACCAACAGUAUCUCUGGAAGAACAGAUAAGACAUUCCUGGAAUAAGGAAGACUGUUCUGAAAACAUAUUUGUAGAAACUAAUGGUCUCACAGCCCAUCGAACUUAUGCAAGAAACAAUACUGAUUGCAUAAGAGGUAAAGUUGGGUUCACAAAAGGUCUCCAUGUAUGGGAAAUAACAUGGCCUAGUGAACAGAGGGGGACACAUGCAUACGUUGGAAUAGCAACGUCUGAUGCAACCUUACAAUGCAUGGGUUAUCAAAGUCUAUUAGGACUAGAUAGCAAUUCUUGGGGCUUUGACAUAAACAGGGGCAUGACGCUUCAUGAUUCAAUCAUUGACACGUACCCGAAAAAACAAAAUGGUAGAGAACGAAAAUCUUUUGAAAAAUUCAAAAUAAAGUUCGAGACUAUUAAAGUGAUACUGGAUAUGGAUAAAGGCACACUGAGCUUUUUAGCCAAUGGCCAAUACUUUGGAGAAGCCUUCGAGGGUCUCCAAAAUAAGACACUAUACCCAAUAAUUUCAACAGUUUGGGGCAGAAGUGAGGUAAAAAUGGAAUAUUUAGGUGGUUUAGAGUCUAAACCAAUUACCUUACAGGAAUUGUGCAAAUACACAAUCUGUAAAGGAAUGUGUUCAAUACAUUUCAAAGAAAAUGUCAAACUUUUCCAAUUACCAAAGUCAAUAGAGAACUAUUUGUGCCUUCAAGGAAAGGACUUUUGGAAAAGGAGUCUGAACACAGACAGAAAACAUGAAUGCACAAAUUAUUGUGUCACAAAUAACACGAUUGGGCUCCGAGUAAAAGACGUGUGAAAAAAAAAAAAAAAAAAAAUUAUGGAUUUACACACAUCUGUCAGCAUAUUUUUUUUUAGAUAUAUAACUAUGUAGUAUGAUAGAGUUUAAUUUUAAUAGUACAUAAUUAUUUUUGGGAUUAUUCUACAUUUUAUUAUACAAUUAUUUAAUAGAAAACAA